AUGAUGACUUCUGAGGGUGAAAAGGGAUCAUUCCACCGUGUCUCCGUGAUGGGCCGCCGUGCAAUAGCUCACCCAAAGUCCCUUAAGUUGGUGGGUGAUGGAGAUGGGACUUUGGAAGCCGGAGUCGGUGGCUUGAACCUUCAGGGCUGGUCCAGUCGUACGGAUCAUUGGACUGUCAAUGAGACGGGCACACCCGUAGACCAGCUCACUUUUCAUAGCCAUUGGACUGAUGGCUCAGAGCUCAUCAUUCCUGUGGCUCGCAAUCGCACAUCUGACUGGAUCCCGUUCCGUCUAGUCCAAUUCCCCGGCCGGCGAGCGCGGAUUGCAACCACUUUGAGCUUGUCUCUUCCGCUCCCCUCCCUCCCUCUCCUCUUCUUCGUGUCACAUCCUGCAUAUUUCAGACAGUUCUUCCGCACUUUCUUCCAACAACCGCCCAUACGUCCCGGUACUAAGAAGGCUUCAGCAACGCCGGCCUCCGUGCUCGCCCUUUCAAUGGCCUCAUAUUCAACCACCGUCACCAAGAUCCCAGACCUUGGUCCCUCGCCCGAGGAUGCCUCAUCUAAGCCUCAUCACGUCACGAAAAACGGCAACAGAGUCGGCUUCAAGAACGUCCACCCUUCCUUUGGUGAUGGCAUCGGCUUUUCCAAGAUGGUCCGCCAUGUCCUCUGGCCGCAAGUGACGGGUGAGCUCAAGUGGCCAGACACCACGCCGCCAACAGUGACCGUCAAAAAGCCAGAGUUCCUGCCCAACCGCACAGCCUCAGACAAGCUCCGCGCAACAUGGCUGGGCCACGCCUGCUACUACGUAGAAUUCCCUUCCGGCCUGCGCGUCCUCUUUGACCCUGUCUUUGAAGACCGCUGCUCCCCCUUCUCAUUUAUGGGUCCCAAACGCUUCACCCCCAAACCCUGCGACCUCGCCGACAUACCCUUUGUCGACGCCGUCUUCAUCAGCCACAGCCACUACGACCACCUCUCCCACGAGUCCGUCCUCACCAUCCAAAAGCACAACCCAAAGGCCCACUUCUUUGUCGGCCUCGGUCUAGAAUCCUGGUUCAAGAACGCCGGCCUCAAGAACGUCACGGAACUCGACUGGUGGGAGGACGCCGAAAUCACCCUCAACAUCGACAAGGGCGUUGACGAGGCGCCCGAAUCCAUCACCGCCCAGGUCUCCUGCCUCCCCUGCCAGCACACCUCCGCCCGCACGCCCUUUGACAAGGACACGACGCUUUGGGCUUCGUGGGGCGUCAAGUCGGCCGGCAAGUCGGUCUGGUUCGGCGGCGACACGGGAUACCGCGCCGUGCCGUGGACCCCGCUCGACGUCGACGACUACGGCCCAAAGUACGCCCACCUGCCCAUGUGCCCGCAGUUCAAGCAGAUUGGGGAGUUCCGAGGGCCCUUUGACCUCGGCCUGAUCCCCAUCGGCGCAUACUACCCCCGUGUUGCCUUCUCGGGAAUGCACGCCAACCCGUUCGAUUCCGUCGAGAUCUUCCAAGAUACCAGGUGUCAGCGCGCCAUGGGCAUCCAUUGGGGAACGUGGGCUCUGACCAUGGAAGAGGUGCUGGAGCCGCCUAAGCUUCUCCAGGAAGCCAUGAAGAAGAAGGGCUUGCCCCCGACUGGCGUGUUUGAUCUCAGCCCGUUUGACUUCGAAGAGACUCGUAAUUGGUGGGCCAACCAGUUUGCGCAUCGCAAUAAGGCGGAUGACUACGCAAUAUGCAGUCAGCCUGCACCUGAACACGAAGUGCCAACAACAUCUACGACGCCAAUGGGUUACCGGUCACAUGAUACUAGAACCCCCUUAAUUAUCGCUUCGUCAGAUGCUUCGAACAUCCAGCCAAACAAUAACGCACGCUCAGCGCUCAUCCUCAUCAUGGCUUGCCAGGUCUGCAAUGACCUCCACGGCCAUGGAGACAUUCAAGAUCCAGCCUUGAGGACCAGGCGGGACCAUGAAAUAUCAGGGGUGCCAUGGGCCAAGUUCCAAAGCUUUGCAGCCUCUUGUCACACUUGUAGUGUCCUCUUAAUGGGGUGCCGAGGCUGCUUAGCACAGCAUAAUAUUCAUGAAGCCAACAUCAACCAUUGCGACAUACAAUUCAUUUACAAGUUGUCGUCUGACCUCAAGUACGAUUUUCCGGUCGACGUUGACAAACAAAUUCGAUUUAACAUGACAGAUGGGAGUCGCUUUGAAGUCGAAAGUUUUGCGCUUGAGGGCGAUCCUGUUCGUGAUACAUGGGAAUCGAUACCGACCACAUACAGGACAUCGGAAGGUACUGAUUCGGAUACUGCUCUUGACAAAGUCAGAUCAUGGAUUGAGAUUUGUCUCGGCGAUUCUCAUGCAUAUUGCGACGGCCAGCACGAAGACUACAUCACUCUCAGUCAUUGCUGGGGCCAAAAACAAAUCAUAACCAGCACAAAUGCAACUCUUUCCCAACGCAAGACAGGGAUUCCAAUGACCAGUCUUUCGAAAACCUUUCAAGACGCCGUCCUAGUCACUAGAAGACUUGGAAUCAAAUACAUCUGGAUUGACUCACUGUGUAUCAUCCAAGAUUCCAAGCUCGACUGGGAAACAGAGUCUGUGAAGAUGGCUGAGGUCUACAGUAACGCUUACUUGACCAUUGCUGCUACGCAAUCACGCAAUGGUGAUGGAGGACUAUUUGUCAACACACCCGACUUCGAGGUCUCUGACUCUGUCUUGCCCACGGUCACGGGUGACCCCUAUCGACUGCUCUUUCGCCGUAGAAUUGACCAUCAUCUUGAGGUCAUCAAUAUCGUCAAUCCAACAGACCCAGGAGAUCCAACAUCCUCCUUCCAUCCUUUACUCACUAGAGCUUGGGUCUACCAGGAACGCAUGCUGUCGACACGCGUUCUGCAUUUCGGCCCCCAAGAGAUAUUCUUCGAGUGUCGUUCCGACCUCUUCUGUGAAUGCGGCCGGAUCAAAUUUCAUGGGUCAUCCGACUCUUCCCCCAUAUCCAUCACCAAACUCUUGCACGCUUCCGCACUUGAUAGCGAGGUUGACGGGUACGACUGGGUGGAUGUAGCUGGCUAUUUUAUGGCGAGGUUAUGGCGCACCCUGAUCACCUCAUACACUGCGCUUCAUCUCACAAUGACCUCGGACCGUCUACCGGCCAUUGGAGGUCUCGCAAAGCAUAUGGCGGUCAGGCGAAAGUCGUCCUACCUGGCAGGGAUAUGGAAAGACUCCAUAAACGAUGAUCUUCUUUGGAUCAUACGGACUACCCUCAAAACCCCGAGACCAAGUCCCCGGACCGCACCGACAUGGUCUUGGGCUAGUGUUGACUCGAGCGUCGAUGUGUGGGACGCAGUGUUUGUCUGGGACCCCGACAUUGACUACGAAGAAGACUCCAGAGGCCUUUUUGAGCACUACAGCACCGUUCUGGACUGCAAGGUAACUCCAUCAGGCGUGGACAAUUAUGGCGGCAUAGCCUACGGGCUCUUGAGAAUAUCCGGCCUCACAAUGGAGGGUGUACUUGAACGAGACACCGUGAUUCGUCACGGGAAGGAGACCGUGGUUCACUAUGUCGUUGUAUCGACCGGGCGGUUCCAUAUCCAUGCUGAUUACGUCUUGGAUAGCCCUGGUACACACCAAGUUCUUCCAGGCGCAGAUGUGCUCUGCCUCAGGAUGAGCUUCAUCCAAGAUGGAUCGAGUGACAAUUUCAAGCUCAUUUCACUGGUCCUGAAGGAAAGCAAGCAGCAACCUGAGAAGCAUGUAUGCGGAUGGCAGCGUGCGUACAGUGGAUAUUGUGUGACACAGCGACAUGAAAGCACUGGCGAAGACUCGUAUCGGACCACAGCACAGAAGCGUAGUCCAUCGUCGGCGACACCGUUGCAACAGAGAGCUGUCUGGUAUUUUGUUGCCUCUAGGGCAGCAAGUGUGCCCAGUUCAAUUAACAUCGGAAUACUUUCGAUGAUUGGGUAA